AUGGCCCAGACCAAGAUUCUCGUCACAGGCGCUACGGGUUACGUUGGGGGCUCGGUUCUGGAACAUUUGAGAUCAUCCUCCAACCCGAAGAUCAAGGAUGCGUCCAUCACAACCCUUGUCCGACGGCAGGAUCAUGCAGACCUCCUUGGGAAACGUGGGGUGAAAGCCCAAGUCUUCAACGGACUCGAUGACAGCGAUCAGUUGAGGUCCAUUGCAUCUGAUUUCGACAUUGUCGUUCAUUGCGCGACGGGAUCUCAUACAGCAUCCGCUGAAGCCCUCAUUCUCGGGCUCGGCGACGCAAAGGCGAGGACAGGCCAGCAGACAUACUACAUCCACACCACGGGAACAUCCAACUUUGCACAGGGUCUCUCCAACCCUGACGCCACAGUCCAGAGCAUCUCCGAUAAAGACGACGUAUACGGGGAAGAAGUCAAACUAGAAGCCAAGUCUCCCUAUGCCCAGCGCACUACCGACCUCGUCGUGGUCCACACGGCCGAGAAAACCGGCGUCAAGGCCUACCUGCUGAUGCCCCCCACCAUUUACGGCAAGGGUCUCGGCCGGUUCAAGACACUGUCUUACCAGGUUCCCAUCGUCGUCCGGAACGCCAUCGCCGCAGGGCAUCCCACUUACAUCGGCGACGGGUCGGGGUCCCUGGGCAAAGUGCACAUUGACGACGUUGUCACCCAGUACGAGAUCAUCCUGUCCAAGGUCCUGGAUGGGGAGGAGAUCCCGUCCGGUCGGAAGGGCAUCUACUUUUCCAGCACUGGCAGCUAUACGUGGAAAGACGUGAAUGAGCUGGUCGGCCAGGUCGGUGCGCGCUUGAACGCGCUCGAGUCGUCCGCCCCAGUCUCGGUUAGCUUGGAGGAGGCCGUCGAGAAGUGGCCGCAUGGGGCUAAUGCUACGUUUGUUGAGAGGAACUUCGCCGCCAGACAUCCGGCGGUUACCAAGCCGGAAUUGGCAUUCGACCUUGGGUGGAAACCAACUAGAACGGAGGAGAAAGACUGGAUCGCCGAUAUAGAGCAGAAUUGGGAAGCCAUUCUUUCUGAACAGAAGGAGCAGUUGCAAUUUCGCAUUAGGACGACAUGAUCGAGCUGCACAUGUGCAGAAGGGGGCACACCAACCAUACUAUACUGUUGGGUCGUCGUUGGAGCAUGAAGCCUCCGAAGCCGGGAUGCAAUCGAUAUUGGCAGAGAGAGAAGGAAGCCGGACAGUUAAUUGCGAAUUACAAAAUAGAAUCGUCAAUGCAUUUUCUC